AUGGACGAGAAGAGCUCAACCGAUAGGAGUUCCGGCUUGCCAUUCCAUGAGCCCUCUCAUGUACCUCCAUCGGAAGAUCGCAUACGCUAUCAUACCGUUCGUACCGAAGUCAAUGCGUUUCUAGGAGAGUUCAUUGGAACAUUCAUGUUCUUGUCCAUGUCCUUUGCUGGCACACAGAUUGCUCUCAACGCAGCUGGCACCAGCGAACUCACAGCGGAUGACAAGCCUGAUGUCGCCAAGCUCCUCUACAUCGCUUUCGUCUUCGGUGCAUCCCUUGCGGUCAAUGUCGCAAUCUUUGCUGAUAUUAGUGGUGGAAAGUUCAAUCCUGCAGUAACCACAGCUCUAUUGGUCACUGGCAAGAUUCACUGGCACCGCGCACUCCAAACCAUUGUCUCCCAAAUGAUCGCAGGCAUAGCGGCUGCAGGCUUCGUUUCCGGCGUACUACCUGGCCCACUCAUCAUUGCUACUGUGCUGGAUGCUUCCAUGAGUAUUACUCGCGGGUUCUUUCUGGAAGCCUUUGUCACGUCGCAGCUGGUGUUGACUAUUCUCAUGAUGGAGGGUGGAUCAGCGAAACCAGCAUACAUCGGCUUUGCGUUGUUCGUCUCCGAGCUGUCUUGUGUCUUCUUUACUGGCGGCAGUCUCAAUCCUGCUCGAAGCUUCGGACCCGCGUGUAUCGUUGGAUUCACCGGUUAUCACUGGAUCUAUUGGAUCGGACCACUACUCGGCUCUUUGGUCGCCAGUGGCGAGUACUACCUCAUCAAUUUCAUACGAAAGGGGACCAUAUAG